CGAGUGGACAAGAGACUUUUCACUCUUUGGCAAAAGUGUGGCAACGCAAAUGGCAGUCAAUAAACGCCUCACCAUCAUCGGUAUCGUGGUGCUCUGCGCCGUGGUAGGUGCCAUCGUGGGCGUACUCGUAGCCACCAAGUCGGACUCGUCUUCAACGUCUUCCGAGGAAUCGGCCAACUCGAACGACUCAACUUCCAGCGGUGGCACUGGUGGAACUAGCUCGUCCACCAGCAAAAAAUCGUCCAAUUCAUCAACGGGCAGCAACUCCGUCACGGCCACUGUUACCUCAGACCCAACCUCAGUUGCAGCUUUUGCCAUUGGAGAUUGGGGCACAACUGUGACCAAAGACUCUUGUUGCACACGCUCCAAAACAUUCAAUAACUUCGACGUUGUUGCCGAGGAUGUUGUGUCCAGCCUUAUGAACACACAGGCAGGUGAAACUGACGUCAAGCCCAAGGCCAUUCUCAGUCACGUAUAG